AUGACCACACCCACACCUGAACAUAUCCGUAAAGUAUGGAAAAUCCUACAAGAACGUGAACAAGCUCGAAUGACCAUCUCGGCUCCUAGGUCUCAUCGAGCCCCAGAACAAAUCUUCUAUUCGGUUAUGAAUUCUCUUCGUAAUAAGAAACAUAAUCGAUAUUCUAAUAUCUUGGCUUAUGACAGGACGGCAGUAGUGGUGCAUGAUGAUGGGUAUUUAAAUGCCAAUGUGGUUUGUGAUUCCAAGGGAGGUUGGUGGGUUGCAGCUCAGGCUCCUCCACCAGAAUCGCAACAUUCAUUUUUCUACGCUAUCUAUUCCCAAUCAGCUUCAAAACAACCUUCUUUACUCCAAGCAAUCCCACAUAUACAGGUGGAGAAGAAGGGGAAACAUAAAUCAGCCAUCAUUGUCCAAUUGACGGGAUGGGAGGAAAAUGGUCGACCAAAAGCUGAUCCUUAUCUUCCGGAAACGAGUACAUCUCCAAUUAUCUUUAAACCCCCUAAAUCGUCUCAUCUCCCUCGUCUAGCCCUUCGUAGAGAAUCCGUAGAAUCUUCGAAAGAAUUAUCAACGGACAUAUCUUUACUUUCUCUCCGACCCAUUUCCCCUAUUUCAUCAUCAUCAAUAUCCAACGAUAAAGUGGGCGAGACAAACGGACGAUCGAUAUCCACAUCAACAGAUAAAUUGGGUGCGAAGAAUGGACUGUCCACUCUCACGUCAAAUGACAAAGAAGGUGAACAAACUGGAAUAUCAACAUCAUCAUCCACGUUUGGAAUGGGAGAAGAAAUCAGAUCACCCACUACAACAUCGACAACCGGGAAGAAGGUCGAAGAAAUUUUAAUAUGGCACUAUCAUUUUCAUGGUUGGCCAGAUCAUGGGAUACCUUCUGGUCAAGGGGUGAAAUCUCUGGUCAAGUUGAUCCAAACUGUCAGAGAGAAAAGAUUACAAUUAGGUGGAGAUAAAUGUGAAGUAUGGGUACAUUGUUCCGCAGGAGUAGGUAGAACAGGUACUUUUAUCGUCCUCUCUUCUUUAUUUUCUCCUCCUUCCUCUUCAGCUCCCUCAAAACCCGUCUUUUCUCCCCUGGGUCCAUUACCUUCGGACAUACGAGAAGAUGUCGUGGCGUUCACUGUGGAUUCAAUGAGAGAAUGGAGAGCACAAUUAGGGGUGAUUUAUGAUAUCUAUCAUUCAAUCUCUUCUUCAUAG